UGGUGCCCCCUCCUGGUAAAAUAGAGUUCCAGUCAGUGACAACAGACUCUGUGAUCCUGAGCUGGGGAGUGCCAAAGGGACUGAAGGGGCCCAAGAUCUUCAGAGUAAAGUGGACUAAAGGAGAGUGGAUCCACGGAAGGGAGCUGGAAGAGGCCUGUUUCAGGAAGGUGCUGUCAAAGAUGGGCCUUGAAGACUAUUAUGAUGACAAGCUCACACUAAGCACUGUUCUUGAGAUCAAUCAAAGUGAUACAUCAGAGAGCAAACUUGAAAGCCCAAAGUCAUAUCCUGAGGCUUUUUUGAGGAAACUCAUGAUGUUAAAUGCAAAUGCUCGAAGUGUUAAAUGUGUGUCCAAAGAUGUUGACACAGACAAGCAAAACACCAUCAAUCCGUUGGACCUGAUAACUGCGUUGUUUCUCUGUUCCGACGGCUUUCUUCAGCAAGACAUGGUUGUGAAAAUGGCACUGUGCCAGUUUGCGGUCCCGCUCCUCAUGCCCAACCAUGACACAAGAGAAAUCACCAUGAUGCUGUGGGCUAUGCGCGAAAUAGUUCGGACCUUCAGCCCCUCCAAACUGGCAUUUAGAAACUUAAGCUGUGAAGAAAGAAUUGUGCUCACUGAUAUUCCUCUGCUGUCGUUCGUCAGGCUGGGGAGGACGAGCCUGUCCAAAUCUCAGGUGCUGAACAAACUGCUCAGCAACACUAAGGAGUGUUAUGAUAUAUUUUAUAAUCGUAACAUGGAGGGUGGUGAUGUACCCAGGAAGAUUUCUGAGGGGCUAGUUGAAAUGACCUGGUACCUCCCGUGUGGGAAAAAGAACACAGACAAAUUCACUGAGCCGCUGGCCGUCGCCAACCUCAGAGGAGACAUCAGGGACUUCGACAAGCAGUUCACAUUCCUCUGCCAGACCUCAGCAGCUGUGUACAUCUUCUGUGAUGAGUCAGAAAUUGAUUAUUUCAAGCAUUUGGAAGGGAUGAUUGUGGAAGCCAGGUUGCUUUUGAUAAGCAGCAUACAGGGGAAAAGCUUCACACUCAAAACGAUGACAAUCAAACCUAGUUUAAAGACAACUACUGUGAGCCAGAGGAAAAAUACGGAGUCAGAACUGGUAAAGGCCCUCCAGGAAUCAGUCCCUAAGAUGCUUGGAAACUGCCCAGUCAAAGUGUCGCUGGCAAAUUUGGCAGACACAGCUCGCCGCUGUGAUAUCUUGGUUGAUGAGGACAUUGAUGAAUGCCAGGAUGUUAAGAAAAAUGCAGAUAACAUCAUCCAACACAUCGCUGACCCCUCUAAGUUCAAAGAAAAACAACUACAUUCCCAGGGACACAUCUGGAAAGAGCUUUCAUUGCUCAAAACUGAGUACUGGAGACUGCGAAACGCUGGCAAUGAAAACAUUGAGGACUACCGCAAGUCUUUGAAAAUAACAGAAAAAUAUCUUAAAACUCAGCAAAGAUUAGAGAUAAAAGCUGCAAUGCUUAGAUUCUUUCACGGGGUGGCCUCAGAAGUGCAACGCUACUAUUUCCUCAAAUGGCUGGAAAUGGAUUUGGAGAAUCUGUCCCGAAAUGAAAUGUCGGAUCUGAAAGAUAAAUAUAAAGAGCUAAGGGAAAAAUGUCCUGAAGACACAGAAAAGAUUGCAGAGAUUGAUCAGAAAAUAUCAGCUCGUUCUUUACGCCUUGAGCACUUUUUCCGAGAGUGUGGCCAGCUGUUCCAAUGUGCGAAUCACUUGCCAGAAUUCAGCAGUCAAAGAAAGACCUUGGAACAACUUCCUGAACUCUGUGCUCAGAUGCUGCUAGAUGGUUUCCCUCUUGAGCUCGUUGAUGGAGAUGUUGCAAACAUUCCGUUGAAAUGGAUCACUGAGGUGCUAAGGGAGCUUCACAAGUCUAUGCAUUCCAAAAGUAAGCUGAAAGUCAUCACAAUCAUCGGAGCUGAGAACUCAGGAAAAUCAACUCUGCUAAACACCAUGUUUGGGGUCAGGUUUGCAGUCAGCAAAGGCACAUGCACCAGAGGGGCGUUCAUCCACCUGAUCAAUGUCAACGAACACGUCAGAAGGAAACUGGAGUACGACUGCAUCAUGAUAAUUGACACAGAGGGACUGAAACCACAUCAGAUUGUCCAAGAUGAUCACAGCCAUGAACGUGACAUAGAAGUAGCGAGCCUCGCUGUAGCACUUAGUGACGCCACAAUCGUCAGUGUUUCCAGUGACAACUCAAAAGAGAAAGAUCUCUUAGAAAUGGUGCUUCAUGCUUUCACGAGGUUGAAGAAUGUGGGCAAGAAGCCACUCUGUCAUUUUGUGCACACCAACAUGUCAGAAAGUCCUGCUGUAGAGAGGAAGAAGAGAGGUAAAGAGUUGGUGAAACAGCUCAAUGAAGUGAUCCGAAAGGACACUAGGAUGAGGAAGGCCAACAUCACUAAGUGCUCAGAUGUGAUGGAGUUUGAUCGAGACACUUUCAGUUGGUACAUGCCUCCGGUUUGGAACGGGACUCCACCUAUGGCACCUUUCAGUGUUGACUACAGUGAGACGGCACAUGCUUUGAAAAAGAGACUCAUAGGGGACCUCAAAAAGUGCCAGGGAAGAGGUGAUCUGAUACAAUUUAUCAGCGAUGUGGAUAGAUUCUGGAAAGGUUUGUGA